AUGCGGUGCUUUACUACGGCUCUGGACGCCUGCUACCAGCAGUGCACCAUCUCCCGGAAAGCUUUCACGCAACCAUCAACGGCGAAGUCACGGCAGCACGAACGCAAUUACAUGACGUUCCACACCCUGACCCCCCUAGUCGUGUGGGAGGCAUACCCUCGGUGCUUAUUGAUCGACUUUCUUCGCAAGUCCUACAGCGCUGAUAUCGCUCAGAUCGUUGAGAUCGCUGAAAUCCUUCAGCCCCCCCCCUUUCCCCAGAACCCUAGAACAACAUCCCGUACGACGUCUCCCUCGCCCACGUAG